AUGGCACUGCCGCUCCGUUGUUGUUGUUGGUGCUGCUUGCGGCCCGGGGGAGAUCUGAACAUCAGUCUAGGCGACAAAAAGUAACGCUGCGCAUGUGCAUGCAGCAUGCGUCAACAACUAAGCCCAUUGAGUGACGGAAUGGAUACGUACGUUUCUUUGUAUGCACAUACAUACAUACAUACAUACAUACAUACAUACAUAUGCAUGGAGAUCCGCGAGGUUGGUGGUGGAGGAAUGGCUGGGUUGACAGUUGUUGCGCGUCUGGGGCUUGGGUUGGGACUGGUUGGCUACCGUACCACGGCGUUAGAGAUGUUCCGCCCGCCUGCCUUCUCCGCCACGCAAUCAUUUCCUACACCUGCACCGCACCGCCAGCCCCACGUGACAUACUACCAAAUCCACGCGCUAUCCGCUGUGCAUUUUUUUUUGAACCAGCACCCCCAUACUUCUCUGGCCCUUCAGCCAUGUCAAGCCUUGCCCAGCAUCCUGCUGAGACUGGCCUGUUGUCUCCUGCUACAACAAAUGACAGAUGUCAAUGGUUUCGGCGGUAUCUUUUAUUAGAUACGAAACUUCAUCCCUGAGCAUGGGCACACCUCUGCUAUGACGUCUCUUGCUUUCUUUUACAAGCCUCUUCCCACUUGUCUCUUCGUUUACCCUCAGACCUCGGAGAGAGCCCAACAGCCUACGUGUGGUUGAAUAUGCAAUGAUCAAGCCUUUCAACAGUCUCAACACUCCUCCACUGGUUGCUAUACGGUCUCCU